GAUACGUUGGACUUCGGUGGACGGCAGAAUCUGUUUAUUUUUAAAUUGACCCGCGUUAAGGAUUCCACCGGUCUGGCUGAUAAGCAACACGGUAUUUGAUUGUAUAGCUUCAUCUCCCGACUCCUCAGCCGAACACCCCGUCGACCCGCUCACCAUGUCAUCGGGGAUAAAAAUGACAACCAUAAAGUUUUCGAAGCAGACUGAUCUUGGAGUCUUGGCCUCCAAGAUCAAAAACAAGAUGCUCAAUAGUUCAUCUUUUUUUAAGAUCUCUUUGAAGACGAACAACAGGGCAUUAGCUGGUGCUCUGCAGGCCCAGAGAGAGAAGAGCAACAACCUGCAGAUGGAAAUUAUUGGCCUCCUGAAACAAGUGGAUGCUCUGUUAUUUGAAAGGGCUUCCAUGAGAUACAAGCAUAAGCAGUUGGUUCUUAUGGUAAAGGAACUCCGUAGCACCACCAUGCAUCAGUUAAGCAGUAUGGCUGACAUCCUAUCCUCAGAAGACGAUGACUGUAACAACCAACAAGACGAUGCAGAUGGUGGCGAUGUUGAGAAUAAAAGUCUAUUACCCUGCCAACCGCAACCCUUAACUGAGGCACAUCACUCACCAAUCAAAACACUGGUAGAUUUGACUCAUACUAUCGGUGGUGUACAAGGCCAGCCAUCAAACGAUAUGAAAAUCGAUAAAGAGGGGGAAAAUACUUCUGAUGAAGCUGGGCAGUUGGCCCGAUGGAGAACAACCAGUCAAUCCAGUAGCUUGAGGGAGGAUGUGGAACAGUAUUCCAGGACUCAGCCCGGACGGGACAGUCACUCUAUGCUGCCUUCAUGCCCUCAAAACAGUCACACCCCUGCAGCUGUUGUUGCAUCUGAAAGCAAACGAUUGAGCGUUUCUGUCGAUCUUCAGAAAAGCUCAGCCCAGGAGUUGACCACCACCACCACCGCCUCCAACAACAACAACAACACCACCACCUCCAACAACGAUAACGACCACAGAGGCGGACAGGAGGUGACUUUGCUCCUGAACACCACCAUGGAGAUGACCGUGAGGGAUGCCACUGAAAUAAUCAUCGUCGACACCAAGAAGAAAUCCCGAAACACAAACGAGCCUAAAAUUAAAGACCAAGCCGCACCAGUGGUAAAGGCAAAGAAGGAAAAGAAAAGAAACAAGAAACCAGGGAGGCCAGAAGACAUAGACUCUACAGAGUGCGGGUUAGUAGAAACCCAACAUGUGCACACUGCUGCUCUGCCACUAUCAGAGGAUCGUACAGAAGUGGCCUCCGGUACACAUAAGGUUGUGUCUCGCAUCCCCAGAUUUGGCAAGGCUAAAGCUUGUGACGGACCGAACACGAUACAGAAGAAACCUCAGAGUUACCCGAGUAUUGCCUUACCUGAGUAUAGAGGCUGUGACGUCGUAGAGCCUGACAGACACGUCCCCACAGUCAGGGAAGAUGCAAGAUGGUCACCCAAUCAUGUUUUUUCAGAGGACGGAAACGCUAAAAAGAAAUUAAGAAGGACUAAUGUCGCUUCAAAUCCACCAAGAGUAAUCAAAAGGAAAACCCCUAUCCCAUUAAUGAACCUCUCUAAUGCUGAAACACAAAGAACAUCUAAUGGCAAAACUACAGAGGAAGUAGACACCGCCUAUAGUGAUGCAUUCAGCGGCCAACUGCUGGAGAGUCAACAACUUCCUGUGGCCUCUAAUGACAACACACAUUUUGAGCUUGGGGGCGGGGACUUGGGUUUUCCAGAGGCUGGUCACCCUGAGAGCAAGGAUCUUAACCUUAACAGAGAACUCAGGAAGACUUUUGUGGUGACGAGGGAUGGGUCCUCGUGGGAAAGCUUCUCACCAGAUAUCAGUACUGGAGCCAGCAUCCUGACGCCAUCUUCAGCAUCUCCGCGUGGGUCAGAAGGACAACAAGAUGCCUCAGUUGCAAGUUCACCGAGGCAGGUUUCGGAAGCCACUCUGCACAGGUUCUCCGGUCCUAAUUACUGUGACAAGGUAGAUGUUUCGGAUCAGACCCAUUUGCCACGCAAGCGUCCCUACGAGGAAGUUCAGGGGCACGAGGCCACCUGUUCCAAUGGGAUAAGAGCAGCAUGGAGUGAGCAAUCAGCAUGUCCUUUCAACGUCAGAAAGAAGAAAGUAGAGAAGAGUAGGCACCAACAGAGCCACAGCCCUCAAGGGUACGGGCCUCAAGAUCAGGAACUGCCACCUCACCAGGACGACACGCAAACAGGAAAGGUUGUUCUGGACGGUACACAGAAAAAGUCAAUUUUGUCUCUCAGAACCAGCAGAGUAGCUGCUGGUACGUACAACGAGGAGUCGCCUCAACACAUCGCUGAGACGGUCGAUGUCUCUCCGGAUACAUGGGUUCCUAAAAGGCUCCCACCACCGUCCCGUUCCAAAAAGAGCAACAGUAAGAAGAUCUUUUCCACUUCCUCCGGCACAACAAGGAAAAACUUUGUGGCCUUCGACAACAAAAGGAUGUCAGAUGUCCUCACGAGCGACGGGGGGAUGGACCAGUGUCUUACGAGCCUGCUGCUGGAUGAGAGGCCGCCAUGGGAGACCCCAGAUGUCAGCCUCAGGGAUCUGGAUAUGGAGGACCACUAUGUCCCUACUCCCAAGAAAGCCGUCUUGGCCACGGUGACGGGGUUGAAGGAGCCGCCGCCAAAUACAGUCAACGCUUUCACAGCAAGAAGAGGUUUAAUGUCCGUUACCAACACCAUUACAGACAGUGGAGAUGUCGGUGGUCGAACAAGAAGACCAAAGGCGUCUGUGAACUAUAAGGAGCCCGGCCUAACGUGCAAAUUGAGGCGCGGAGACAGUCACACGGACACCAGUCUCCUGAUGGCUCCUAUUUAUAAGGAAAAAAAGAAGAAGAAACAGACCAAGAUGGCGAACAAGCAAAGACCAGAAAGCAGUCUUAGUUUAGGUUUUUUAGUAGAUGAAAGUCAAAACCCUGUUUGAUUGUUCUUGCAAUUAACACUCACUUUUAGUUGUUUUGUUCUUUGAGUUUCUUUGUUGCCAUGUUUGUAAUAGGCAAAGAGUUUCGUACAGGAUGGGGUGUAAAUUAUUAACUCUUAAGCUGUUCACCUGAGAAGUCUGUGUUGCUGUUGGCCGGAACUAGCAGUAGGUCAUAGGCGGUUUUAUGAUAUUCGGGUUUGGAGAAAUUUGGUUUUAUGCCUUACUUUAUUUUUGGGACAUCCAUGUGAAUGGAAUAACAUUAAACAACACCUAUUUUUGUGUAACAGUUUUUAUCCAAUAGAAUUGUGCAUUGAAUUCAUUAAAUGUAUGGUUUUUCUUUAUACAAAUGUAGUGAAGUUCUUCAUGACACAGUGGAUAAGGGGCCUGUAUUGUUAGUGGUAAACUCUGUUCAAUGAACUAAAUAGCUGUGUGUGUGUGUGUGU